UCUGGAAAAAAAGAAUUUUCCGUUUGAAACGGAAAAAUCUAAAACCAAUUUUGACAGCUGACUGCAAAAGUGCACUCUGCAGACGAUAACUCCAUCAGUUCAAGCUAACGCUCCAACUGAACAACCGGUAUCACCAACUUUCUUAUAGUUUUCCAUUGAAACGUCCCUCGAUUUAAAGCAAGAAAUCAUGUACGAAGAGAAACAGGGUCAGUGGGAAGUGGUUGGUGGAAAGGCGAGUGGUAAACCAAAGGGUAAGACCAUCUCAAACAAAACUAAUGGAACUGCUGGACCAAAGAGUACACCUAAACCAAUCAUCAAAGUAGAUGAAUUAGUAACUCCUUUGGACACCAAAUAUGCCUUAUUGGACCCUCAGUUGCGUGCAAAAGCAAAGCAAGAGGCCUUGGGUCUUCCAGAUAAACCUGUAGUUAAAGCAAAAGCGAAACCAGCCACUGCAACUGCUAACAAAGAUGUUGUAAAGAAGAAACCAUCGAAAGAACCUGUAAAGGAAAAAAUCAUCAAAUCACUCCCUGAAGCUUUGAAACAACUCAAUACCAAUGAGUUGAGCACCGCUAUUUCUACGGUUAAGGCCCGCUUCCCUAAUUCUCGUUUGCAAUGGCUGAAAGAACUUGCUUCCUACUUGAAUAACCACACAAGUGCCGAUGCAGACCCCAUUUUCUCAGGAAAGCCGCGUGAUUAUCCUUCCAAUAUCCUAACCCCGGAAUUGAAAACGUUAAUCACAUCAACAAUAAAGUCGUGCGAUGACGAGGCAUUCAGCGUCUUCUUUGAGCAGUCUCUCAUCACUUUGUCAAGUGAAAUGAACAGAGGUGUAUCAGUCUGUGGUACCAAAAUAGUUUUGCAACUUUUGUGUCUACACAAGCCAAAUUUGGUUCUGUCACAUCUCGCUCGUGCUAAUGAGAUCCUUGCAACCAACGAAAGUAACCGACCUGUUACGCUAUCAAUUCUAUGGAUCUUGUCGCAAUCGUCUUUCAAGGAUAGCUCUGUAGGAUUGCAAGUUUGGAUGGAGGUCAUGCUUUCAUUGAUUGGUGCGAAGAAUUACGGUGCUUUUGUGGCUCAGAACGCGGAAUAUUUGUCGACCAAAGCUUCCAGUAUGAAGUCUAUAUCGAAUAUCUUGUCUAUACCCGCUUACUUCAAGCUGGUCGAUCAAGUCCAGCAAAUUCCUACAGCCAUCCGCCGAGAAGUGGCUAAUUUAGUCCAGUCUCUCUCUCAACCCAUGAUAUCCGCUCAUGGAUCGAAGAUGUUUCUUCAGUAUCUUCCAAAGUUGGUCUCAGAUCCGGCAGGUCGAUCCGAUUUGUGCCGCAAAUUGAUCAGCUGCUUGCGAGCUGAUGACAACACUUACGAAAACUGGCGCAAAGUGUACCGCUCCAAUUUGUUUUCCUCCAGUUUGUUCUUACAGUGGGUCACAGAUAAUGAACAGGCAUAUGCUCGCGAAUCUCGGGAUUUCCAAACGACGCUCAGCCACUUCCAGACAGUGAACCUCUCGUACUCUCCAUCUGGCAAACCACCGCAGGGUCUUAAGGGCUGUGUGCAACACUGCGAAUACUUGAUAGGAAGCAAAAGUAACAAGAAACGCCCCACCAAAUCGGGGUCAAAGCUUAAGUACAUCAAUUACCUGAUGUUGAUUGCUUUGGUCUCGUUGGUGUAUUACGACACCCGGGUCUACGGGGAGGGCCAGUUCGUGAACAGCCGUCUGGGAAAAGCUGCUGAACGUUUCGGCGUCACGGAGAAAGCAUUGGAACUGCACCAAGUCGCACAGCCUUAUUUAGUCCAAGCCCAAGAACGUUUUGUCCUACUGAAGGAUGUCGUGACCCGCAAAGCAGGAGAAGUUCAUCAACGCGCGGAGCCUUAUUUGAACCAAGCCGGCGAAGGACUUGUCCAGUUGAGAGAUGUCGUCUACCGCAAAACCGAAGAACUCUACCCUGGUUUCUGGAAGGAAGCAGAUGCCAAGUAUCAAGCUCUUGUCUUGAUAACCAAGGAGAAGGCGGCUUUUGGCUACUCCGUGGCAGUGCAAUACGCUGAACUUGGCUACUCUGUGGCAGUCCAAUACGCUGAGCUUGGCUACUCGGUGGCUCUGAAAAACUUAGAAAUUGGCAAGGAUGUUGGCGCCAAGUAUUGGGAUCAAUUCCUGGAAUGGAGCACCGUCUAUCGCCAGCAACUAUCGCUGUAUACUGCAAAGGCCAUCGAGAUGGGUGGUGACUACGUUCAACGCGGUCGCCAGAUGACAGCCGAGUUCAUGGCGAAGGAACAAGUUCAGCAUGCACUCAAGUACUCUUACGACAUGUACCACAAAGCUCUUCACGCCGUUGGCCUAUGUUCUCAUUAACUUUCCUUAACUUGGUCUUUAUUUCUUUUUCGCGGAAUUUUGUUUUUUGAAAUUUGAGUUCUUAGUAGUGAAAUGUCACUUCAGGGAACAAUGAAAUUUUGUUUUGAUGAGAGAUUGUUUCGGCAAACCAGCAUCCGGCACUUGACAGAUUAUGAAAGCGGAAUACAUAUGACUUGUUGGUGGAAUUUAAAA